AUGGCGCCAGAUUCAAGAUCAAAAACCUUCGGUUUCGUGGGCCUCGGAAACAUGGGAUCUCAGAUGGCAUUCAACCUCGCAACAUACGCACAACAAAACGCCCUCCCACGGGUUAGGAUUUGGAAUCGAACGAGAAGCAAGAUCGAGUACCUGGCCCAAGAAGCACAUUGCGAGAUCGUUUCCUCAUUGGAAGAAGUCGCCGAUCAAUGCGAUAUCGUACAUACCUGCCUCGCCAAUGACGAAGUCGCCUUUUCAGUCUACCGGCAGUUCUUCCAAGCAGCGAACGUGAGAGGGACUGUCUUUGUCGAUCAUUCGACCCUUUUCCCUACGACCUCGACAGCGUUGCAAUCGGAAGCUUCGAGCAAAGGGGCGCAUUUCCUCUCGUGUCCUGUCUUCGGCCCGCCCGCGGCUGCAAAGUCGGCUGGAUUGCUCGUGGUUGUGUCCGGAGAUUCUUCAGCGAGAGAGACAGUGAAGUCGUACCUGGUCCCAACGAUAGGGAAAGCCGUCCUGGACUGUGGAGAUGACUCAUCGAAAGGAGCGCUGAUGAAGAUCCUGGGGAACAAUUGUAUCCUUGGGACCAUAGAGCUGCUCAGUGAAAGCUUUACCUUGGCUGAGAAGACGGGCUUUGACGCUGGCAUUUUCUAUGACUUCAUCCAGCAAUGGUUUCCCGCAGCCGCAUGGGUCAACUAUGGCAAGAAGAUCCGCGACGGUACCUUCUCCGGCAAGACCGGCUUCAAACUCGACGGCGGAAUGAAAGACGCAGCAUUUAUCCGACGGCUCGGAGCCGAGACUUCCACGCCCACGCCCAUCAUUGAUCAAGCGUGGAAUCAUCUGACCACUGCAAAAGCCAUUGGAGGCGACGGUCUGGAUUGGAGUGCUUGUUCAGCUGGUAUGCGAGUGACGGCCGGACUUCCUCCUUUCAAGGGCGAAGACUUCUCCAUCUCGCAGCCGGCGCAGACGAAUGGUCAUGCUGACGGAGAGAUACCACAUCCUGGCGCUGGUGUGAGGGUUGCUGGGAAGAAAGAGGUUGCACAUCAAGCUAACGGCAUAGCAUCGGAGGAACUUGUCAAUGGAGACAGACCUGCGGAUGCAGUGCCUUGA